GCGGGUUAAAGUUGAACCGGUGUGCGCAUCACCAGCAUUACCAAACCAGUCUUGUUGCAGCAGCAGUUCACCUUUAGGACAGAACUGUAGUACUGUAGGGGAACGCAAAGAAACUAAAAUGCUACUCUCAAAGUUACGGACUGCGAUAUUUUGUGGUUGCAGAUAUGCUGGGAAGGGUUUUCAACAGAACAGCCAUCAGCGGCGACAAUGGCUUGUGAGGAGAAACCAGAGCUCCAUCACUGUAGAAGCACGGACGCCCUCCACCCCAGCAGUAGCUGUACCCAACGCAACAACAAACCGCAUAGUGGGUCGCUGGCUGCUCGGCUGCAGUGGGCUCGUGGUUGGGGCGGUGGUCUUGGGUGGUGUCACAAGGCUAACAGAGUCUGGACUCUCAAUGGUUGACUGGCAUCUGGUGAGAGAGAUGAAACCACCUCAGUCUGAGGCCGAGUGGGAGGCCGAGUUUUCCAAGUACAAACAGUUUCCAGAGUUCAAAAUCCUUAACCAUGAGAUGACUCUGCCUGAGUUUAAGUUCAUCUUCUACAUGGAGUGGGGUCAUCGCAUGUGGGGCAGGCUUGUUGGACUAGCAUACAUCCUGCCUGCCGCGUACUUCUGGAAAAAAGGAUACUUCACACGUUCCAUGAAAGGAAAAGUGCUGGGGCUGUGUGGAUUUGUGUUCUUCCAGGGCCUUCUGGGCUGGUACAUGGUAAAAAGUGGACUGGAGGAAAACCCUGAAUCCCACGAUGUCCCGCGGGUCAGCCAGUACCGUCUGUGUGCUCAUCUGGGUUCUGCCCUAGUGCUCUACUGUGCUAGUCUCUGGACCGGGCUUACUCUGAUGCUGCCUGCACAUAAGAUGGCAGACUCUAAACGUCUCAUGCAGCUCAGAAAGUUUGCAAAGGGAACUGGUGGACUGAUCUUCCUAACUGCUCUCUCGGGUGCCUUUGUUGCUGGUUUGGAUGCUGGCCUAGUGUAUAACUCAUUCCCUAAGAUGGCAGAUAAAUGGAUCCCUGAUGAUAUAUUGGCCUUCUCUCCGGCGCUUAAGAACAUCUUUGAAAACCCCACCACAGUGCAGUUUGACCACAGAAUUUUGGGGAUUGGCUCUCUGACAGCAAUCACCGGCCUUUAUCUGUUCUCAAGGAGGAUGAUGCUACCCAGAAGGGCUAAGAUCGCCAUCGGCCUGCUUGCAGCAAUGGCUUAUACACAGGUAGCACUCGGUAUCAGCACACUUCUACUGUAUGUUCCUACUCCAUUGGCAGCAACUCACCAGUCUGGAUCCGUCGCUCUUCUGACUUUUGCCAUUUGGGUUCUGGCUGAACUUCGUAAAAUGCCAAAGUAAAGCCUUCUCCUUUGUGGACAAGCCUGUUUAAUCACAUGACAAGUCUUAACUGGUAAUAAAAGGAAGCAACAGUGAAAAGGAAGAGAUGAACCUCAUUUGACAAUAGGCUGUUAUCUAGAGGCUUUUCGAGGCUCUUGCUCAUGAACAGACUCUAAAACUAAAUGGGGGCCACAGAAUCGGGGGGCCUCAUCCAGAGACCUCGACUCGUCCUCGGCCCAUUUCCUGUCUAAUCAUACCCAACAGUAAAUUAAAACACAAAAAAUAAAUUUUUGAACUUUUUAUUUAUUAUUUUUUUUACCAUGUAAAUACACACUAUUGUUUACAGCCUGGUUGGCUUAUCAGUUUUUACACUGGUUGCUAAUUGAAAUGUUAUUACUUCAGAUAACACAAUUAGAUAUAAUAAAGUUUUGUCCAUAUUUUUCUCAAAAUGAAUGUGAUUGAGUAAAAUGUGUUCAGAAAAGUGUAAUCAAUGUUUGUAAAGAAAGCUUGUUGAGUUUGUAUAAAAGAGAAAGCUAAAAAAAAACAA